AUGCAGGCUGAAAAGAGCAUCACAGUGACAGGGCAAGCGGACGGUCGGUCUCAGACCAAGGGUGGCUUGCCCAAAAUCACUGAGGUACUAGCCAUGCAACUGGCACUGCCUCUGCCUCUACCCCAACCUUGUCUUUGCCGCAGACUCAAUCCGCUUCGAUCCAACAGCUUGCCCAUGCUGGGUGCUGAUCAACUCCCUCUGGACCAAUUUCAGCCUGCCGAGGAUCCUAUCUUGUUGUCACGCGAACCAGUUAGAAAGAGUUUAACCUGCAGCAUUCCGACCCACGAACAACCCUUGACCCCUCCUCCCUCCGUCAGCAGUCACUCAUCUGUAUGCUCAAGCGAAACAGAUAUUGGCGCCGUCGCCCAUGCCGGUAUCGCCCAUCUUCAAACACUGCUCGACCUGCCAGAACCUAAGCUCGCUGAUGCUGUUCGUGUAGCUAAAGAGCUGCUUCGUGACUCUGCAGUCAUGCCAGCCUAUAACCAGGGCUGGUUCCGGCCAAACGCCCAAGACAACAAAUUCAACAAACGCAUAGAAGAUCGGAUCGCCGGCAAAUCCCUCGAUGAACUAGUUGAAGGUUUCUUUCACCGCGACGAGGCUCGGGAGCUUUACGGCGAACGCGUGUCGAAACCUCGCAAGGUCGUGAAGCGAGCCCCAUCUGCGGAGAGAGACGGGAUGGAAGACCUGGACCCUGAGUUGCGGGCCAAGAAAAAGAGAAGACAAGAGGCCGACGAGGCACACCGAAUGGCCGAAAACGACCGGCGAGACCGCCACCGAGAAUCUCAAAUGGAAAGCCAUCGUCGAUGCCCCGAGCUGGCGGCAGAAUGUGGCGCUGAGCAUGCAAAGGCUGAGAAGAAGUCCAAAAUCCAAUCAGGCAAAGGGCCUGGCAAAGACGAUCAGCUCUGGUCAGCCAUAUACGCCCAUGAAAUGGCAGGGAGAGUGGUACAAUCAGUCAAUGACCGGCGCAGACGGGCCGAAGAGGUGGUACAAGUACUGCUCCGGUUCUUGAUCCAACAAAAGGACUUGCUGGGUGGUCCUCAACGAAGGUUUAGCGAGAGCGACCCAAGCAGCGCCACCUCUUUCUCCCAUCCAUGCCAUGUUGGUCGGAAGAGAUCGCAGGAUGACAUGGAGCAAGACUUGAGGCGCAUCCGAUCUAGUUUCUAG